UAGCUAUCCCAACCCUGCCCACUACCCACAAACACACAGGUGCCACGGUCGAAUUGUCUUGUGAAUCGGCUCAAUUGAAUCAUUGCAAAGAGCCGAUUCGAUGGCGAAUCGGGCAUCGCAAGUGCACAGCAAUGAAAGGGGGAGAAAUAUCGUUGGCAAUGUGACCACCAGCUUUUUAUUUAGUUUAGAUAUUUUUAUAUUCCCAGUUAUAGUCUGCGCCUUAUUGUACGUCUAGUGGGUGUUUGAAAACGUUAGCGUGCUGGUGUUUUUCCUCCAUGUGUCUGUCAUAUCGGUGGAGGUGAACGUUACACACCGUCGCCUUCCACGUUAGAAGCGAGCUAACGGUUAGCCAGCCGGCUAGCGCGGCUCUCCGGUCCGGCCGGCUCUGGGCACUUCUCCCGCGGAUGUGAACGUCUGGCUUCGCGUUCAAGGCUUUGUUGGAAAGGUUGGCUGUUUUCAGUGUUUCCUCCGUGACCCUGCGAGGGGUUUGGAGAGCCGAGUUAGCUCAGCCGUUCGCUGCCCGGUACCGCAGUGUGAGUCAGGCUGAAGGCUGAGAGAGACUCCGGGCUGCUGGGAGUUAUUUUUGGUACAGGAGGGAAGGCUGAGGGGCGUUAAACCCACCGAGCUGGACCCCCACUUGCCACCCCUGCCGCUAAAAUAAUCUACUCUAGACCCUGCUUGUGAGCUCAGGCUAUCGGAGCUGGGAUCCGUGGCUCGAAAUGGAUCUGAAUUUUUACUCGGAUUUGACGGACGGAGCCGGCCAGCCGGGCGAUCCGGAGUUUCUGGACCCUCAGGCUUUUAACGGAUUUGACACGGUUCAGAAGUUCCCUGGAGGAAGCGACAACUACUUAGCUAUAAGUGAAGAGGGACAUCCUUUCCUAUCCUCCUCUGAGGUAGCUCUCCCCUCCACAUACUCCCUUCAGAUCCAGACCUUCCAUACACCCAGCUUGGGCGAUGAGGAGUUUGAAAUCCCACCUAUAUCACUGGACCCUGACCCUGCUCUUAGCGUCUCUGAUGUUGUGUCGCACUUCGGAGAGCUGGGCGAUGGUGGCCCUUCCUCAAGCGUCCCUGGCAAUGCCGUCGUUGAGGGUGAUGAUCCCUCUUUUGCCUCAACCUUUGUGAAUCCUCCAUCACAGGGCCUGGAACACCUCAGCCUGAUGAGCCAGCAGGGAGGGGGUCCUAUGUUGGGAUCGACACUGGGAAUGGAUCUCGGCCAUCCUAUUGGCUCUCAGUUCAGCAGCUCUUCCCCCAUGACCAUUGAUGUUCCACUAACGGACAUGAACCAUAGCCUACUAGGACACAACCAGCUGACCACUAUUGACCAGUCGGAGCUCAGCGCUCAGCUCGGUCUCAGUCUAGGAGGAGGGACAAUUCUGGCACGCUCACAGUCACCUGACCAGCCACUAUCAGCCACCGGCUCACCGUCUGAAUCGCUCCAGGAUGACGACAUGGAUGACUUCAGAAGAAAGAGCGUGCUGGUGGACUCCCCUGUCUCUCUCUCUGUCUCUCCUGGUGUCAUCUCUCUCUCCCCCUCUCUUGCGGAGCAGCCUGCCACCUCUGUGGCUGUGGCCCCACCCACGCUGGCACGGAGAGGUGUGGCUGGAGGAGGGGGUGGGGCCAAGAAAGGAAAGAAGAAAAAAGACCCAAACGAGCCCCAGAAACCUGUAUCAGCCUAUGCCUUGUUCUUCCGAGACACGCAGGCAGCCAUCAAGGGCCAGAAUCCAAAUGCCACGUUUGGUGAAGUGUCGAAAAUUGUGGCCUCAAUGUGGGACAGUUUGGGAGAGGAGCAGAAACAGGUUUACAAGAGGAAGACUGAAGCUGCUAAGAAGGACUACCUUAAAGCACUGGCAGCUUACAGAGCCAAUCAGCUUUCUCAGCCUACCAUUGAGGUGCUGGACACGCCCCCUUCUCCCCCUGCUGCUCCUGCUGCUGUAGCCGCACCAGAGCCUCCACCACCUGCUCAGCCGCCAACGCGUUCCAGCCGAAUCCCACAGCACGCACCUGACAACAACACUAUCACCAACAUCUGCACAUCCAACAUCAUUAUCGACCUUCCACAAGUCACCACACGGUCUCGCACGGGAGCUUACAAGCCAGCUGCCAGCACUGCGGCAGCAAAUGUCACUCCGACUCUGCCCACUGUCACCAAGAUAAUCAUCCCCAAGCAGCAACUUCAGUCCAUGGCAGCCUCUUCAGCGCGCCAGCCUCCUCCCCUUCAGCAGAUGCAGAACACCCCUCCACCCCCACGCCUCCAGCAAAUGGUACAUUCCCCUGCCCCACCGCCACUCCAGGCCAAACCUCGCGGUGGGGGUGGAGCUGGCCAAGUUACCGCCACUGUCACCACAGCACCUCCACCACCUCUGCAGAUCAAGAUAGUCCCUGCCCCUGUGCAAACGGACGUGGCCACGCCCAUCAUUGUGACAACGGCAGCGGGGGCGCCGGUCUCAGCCACCCCAGCAAUGGCAGUGGAGGUGGCCCAGCCAGCUGCCAUAGUGACAGCAGAAGGAGAGGAAGGGAUGGAGGUGGAGCUCAAUGGAUCUCCAGCACCUGAGGUAGCUCCACCAGCAGGUCCCGCCGUGUGUGUACGAGCAGGCUGCAAUAACCCACCAAUAGAGAGCAAAGACUGGGACAGAGAAUACUGCAGCAACGAGUGUGUGGCCACGCACUGCAAGGAUGUGUUCAUGGCCUGGUGUGUGAUCAGAGGGCAGAGCUCCACCACAGUCACCUAGAAACUGAUGCACUAGUAGAAGAGAUUGGAAGAGAUGGAGAGAGAGAGAGAGAGUGUGUGUGUGUGUGUGUGUGAGUGUGUGAGACAUGUGUAUAGACAUAGGUGAGAGAACUUUGAGAGGAAUAUAGUUGGUACGGUCCUAAAGAGUGGUUUUCACUACCUGCUCCUAGUAGUGCUAGUUAAAGAAAUGGUUUAUGGAAAAUCUCACUAAGACAGUUUUCCACUUUUCAUAGAUGCAGUCGAUUGGCGUUCAAUUUUUUCUUAUUUAGUUUAGCACUGGAGUUUCAAGGCUGAUGUUGCUGUCAAAUGCUAGAAGUUAAAGUGACAAAUCUUUUCUGUUGAUACAUCCCCUAAACUUCUCUCAACCUGCUCAAACCACGUUCAGGUCUUGCGGGUUGUGCAGGCUUGUUCAUGUGGUUUAGGACAGAGCUACUCUGCUGUAAAAAUGAGCUAAACUUUACUGUGUAGAUGAAUGUUGUGGUCAGCCACUUCAGACAACGUGCUGAAUUCUGACUCGGCAUGACUUUAACGAAAAACCUAGAUGUGAAGGCUGUGAUGAAAGACGUUUUAGGGAUGUUUUGCAUGGAAAAAAUUUGAGUGACUGAUUCAGCAACAUUUGUCUGAUCUACUACAUCUGGGUUUAAUUGGAAAUUUCUGCACAGUUGAUUUUUAGCUGAACCAUUUAGUAAAGCGGCUCUUGGCCUUGUGGCUCUUUGAGAACGGCAGCCUUAAAGGGAUGGUUUGACCAGCCAGUGCUAAUGUGGCUAACAGUGCAUGAGACCUUGUGUUACUUUGUUAGCAUUCUGACUAGCAGUUUGGUUGCGCUCUCCCUUUAAGCACUUAAACUGGGGACUGACAAUUGUUUCGUUGAAGAGUGAAGGCAGCUUAAGAGAAGCCAUGGACCUUAACGUUCUUUGAAAGUUUAUGAAUUUUUGUGAUAAAGAAAGAAAAUAAGGCCUUGAACAUGUUGGGAAAUGGGUAAGGGGUUUUUGAAGGGUAUAAAAAGGAAAAUGUUAUCAAUGUAAAUUAACUUAAUUACGUAUUUGAAAAUGUGAAAUUUAUCUGUGAAUAGUUGUUCCUCUCUUCUUUUCAUCUCUUUAGUUUCUGUGCAGUUUCUGUUUCAGUGCAUUCAUGUACAACAGGGAAGAUAGCAGGAAGGGCUGCUUUAAGAAUGGGUUCUCUAUAAGAUCUCUUAAAAGGCUUAAAAUGGUUGUACAGUAUGCAGAUACAUAGAAGAAUGAAUUGCUUAAAUACUAAAGACUGACGUUAGGAAGUGGAGGAUGCUUUUAAACUGGACUCAUUUUGGAUUAUUUUUUUGAAAUUGUGCGGUCAUCAUGUCUCCGAUUACACAGGGCAGAGUUUAUUAGUGUAUUUCUCACUAGAGUUGAAGGGAUGGGAGAGAAAAAGAAGCUAAGAAUCGUUAAAGGUGAGUGAUUGAGAGGAUGCGUGUUCAUGUGUGCAAGUUGGAAUGAAACCACUUCUUAAGCUAACAGAUCAUUGUUGUACAGGGGACGCAGUGUCGAUCGAUGGUCCGUAAUAACCCACUUCACCUCUAGACUGGUCGUUGGGUUAUGUUAACAUUAUGUACAGCUUUAAUUUUCUUUGCUUAAACUACAUUUCUACCCAAAUAUUUUGACGGUUUCAUAAGAAAAACUGCUGUUUAAAAAGUCGUUGUAACUUCAACAUUUCAGUCGCAGCAACCACCACUCUCAUUGUGCAUCACGUCUCUAGAGAACAUUUACUUGGGCUAUCAAUAUUUUUUAAUAAAUGACGCCAGAUAAGUUUUUAAAUAAGCUGUAUUGCUACAUGAACAAGACAAGUAUUUUAUUCCAGGAUGGAUUUUGUUCCUUGUUUUGCAACCAGCAGGAGAUUGUGAACAGUAUUGUUGGAGACCAAAAUUGCACAGGCGCUACAUACAUAAUAUUGUGUUACAGAACUUGUCUCUUUUUAUUGAGUUACAAUGAAAUGGACAUUUUUGUGUUUAAUAAACAUCGAGGACAAGUCCCCUGUUUUUGUGUGUGGCUUCAGAAUGAUCAAGAUAUCUAUAAGGAGUACACCACAUACUGUUGACAGUAUAUGCCACUGUUAGUCUUGAUAUGUGUCUGUUUUCAGGGUUAUUUGGCAAGAGCAUAUUACACUGUCUGUAAAAUACAGUUUCAACCUGUUUUGGAGGUUCCUCUGUGUUUGUUCUUCAGUUAUGCUGAUUUAUUUAGAUGGAAAUGUGUAUGAUAUUUAGAAAAUCUGAAGUGAACUGUGUAUUUAAGUGCUGUUUUUAUUGUUAUUGCAGUUUUGAUAUCAAGGAAGCUGCAGUUGCUCUCCGUUUUAUCUCAAUACGACUGUCUUUGCUAAGAGAUGUUAAUUGUUUUUACUGUAAGGGGUUCUCAUCCCUCCCCUCAUUGUUGCUAGCAGCUCAGCAAAGUCACAUUUCGUACACAGAGAGCCGACGGUGUGUGGGUUAGUCUGAACACAGAUUUGCUAAGACAAAUUCAUUUAAUAUUAAUUAAAAAUAUACAUGCUGA